GUGUGGACGGGUACUGUGGACCGGGCGCCUGCGCUCGCCGAGCCUUCGGUUCCCGCUCCAGGCAAAGCUGGGGCUGUGACGGGCGAGCGGGCGCGUUUGGGCGCUGCGUUUUUAUUUCUGGAGUGUGGAUCGGGCGUCCCUGCAGCUGGGUGCGUCCUCUGGGCUUGAUGUGGAGUCCCUCAGCUUGAGAAAAGGACUCACCAUGGUAGUUAAAGGUAGCAAACCCAAGCGUGGCAAGGGCAAAGGCUCCAAAAAGAAAGCAAAGAAGGUGACGAAGGAAGUGGAUGUGCUCAGCCCCGCUGCAAUGCUCAACGCCUACUACGUCUGCCACAACGCCCCGGCCUGCUUGGAGCUCCGAGGCUUUUCCUGGCCUGGCUCCCCCAAAAAGAAAGGGAAGAAAGGAAAGUAGUUGGAUGCCUGGAAAGCAACAGAUACAACAACAACAAAAAAAAAGAUGCUCCCCAUGGAAGAAAAGACUUUUCUGAGGAUUAGCCUCAAACUGACAUUUUCAGUGGUUAGCUCAAAUAAUCUGCUGUGGUUGCUGCCAGGUCCAUACAAGGAUGCUCUUACUAUAGCACAAGCGUGGAGUGAUGAGUGGCAAGUGGCCACUUGGCCAUCAUAGUUUCAGCCCUGGAGCUCAGUUCUAUUGGAAUAAAUCAUUGCACCUCAGCAGUCGGAAGGGCUUGGAGCACGUCUGAUUCAUGCCCGCUCCUGUUCUCUUAUGGGGGAUCUUGCUGCCCAGGAGGAUGUGCUGCACCUCCCAUUGCUUUAACUGGGAUUGAUGGAAACCUGAACAUGGAAAGCAGAUGCAGUAGGUGUGGUGUCUGCAUCAGCAUGGACCUGAGAGUCACUCUGAGCUCCCUUUCUGGUCAGCCACAGUGACAUCAGCCUCUGUGUGACAGCCCAGGGUUACUUUGCUUGAUUUCCUUGCUCUGAAUGCAGUGAAGCCCUUGGGAAAUGACAAACCAAUGUGGCAAGUAAAAUAAAUCUCCCAGAUUCCCAGUCCACACCAACUCUUAAGGAUGCAGUGGAGCAAUCAGGACAGGAGAACCUGCGUGCUGAACUGAUGAAGGCUGUGAAAUGCAGUGGUGGUAAAGAGAGGUGAAGACUUUUUGGUCCUGCAUAGUAGGCACAAGUCCAACCCUUCUCCCUUUCACUACGAGCUGUAGAAAACACCAGAAGGAAGAAAAGAUUAGACCUUCCUGAGGGUCGGUGGGUGUCCCUCCAUAGCAUGUGAUGCAGCACAGUUCAUGCGGAGCACACAGCCACAAGCACUUGGAUUGCUUCGCUGCCCAGCAGGAAUGAUCUGGCUCCCUUCUUAUUUACAGAAAUGUGUUGUCUGCGAUGGCUGCUGUGAGUUUCUCUUCAUGGCAGUUCAAAUCGCUAUGUAGGUCAGCUGUGGUUCUUGGAAAUGCGGGAUGUUUAUGCAGGCAGGGAAUUCCUGUUUUGUGCCAUAUGUUUCUGAUGAGGCUGGGAAUUUCCCACUCUUGAUUUAAUGUUGAGAGGGUUGUGGAGGAGCAAGAGGGGAAGCUUUGCAUGAGUAGGAAGGAUCUUGCCAUCAGAGAAGGGGAGAGACCCGCUGGGAGGAUCUGCUUUCCCGUCUGCAGUGUUUUGCUGAGCAGUAAGCAGAUUUUAGCAAGCCCCAAGACAGCAGAAGUAAAGGCUGGAUCGUGCUGUAGAUGAAAGCUGUGACAUUCCCAUGUUCUUCAUUUGACCCUUUUGUUUAAAGUGAGUUAUCUUACAACAUCGUGAUCAGCUUCCAUCAACUGUAACAAACCCAUGAAGAUGUUAGAUGUCUGAGCUGUUAAAUAACUUGAGGUUCUCCAUUACCUCUUAUGGGACAGUACCCUGAGCCAAGCAGUGGUUGUCUUGUGGCUAAAAACAUGUUGUAUUUCCAUAAAAAAAGGCUUUGAUCUCUCAGGCAUUUUAUGGAAACUUCUGUGACAAAACAUGACAGGACACGGUAUUAGGAACUUCUGCUUAGUCCAAAUACUUGGGAGCAAGAGGAAUGCAGGGAUGAAAAUGGACGUACAGUGGCAGAGGGACCAUUGUGGAGCUUCACUUUUAAAUCAAUUUUGUGCAUCCUCUGGAACCAAGGAGAGCUCCCUGGCCUCCUCACUCUCCUGGAGUUAGGAGAAAGUGGGAACACAGCCAUAAAAAAAGAGGCUUUUCUUCAUACAGAAUGAAAGAUCUUUUCUGUAACCCGGAGCAAACAGACAGGAUCCCCAACACAAUAACCCUUGUGCUUGCCACAGUGUUUGAGUCACCUGGCCUGAAAGGAGGUUCUUGAAAGGAGGGAUCCUUCUUAUGUCGCCUAUUUUGGCUCCUGGGAUGCUUCCCCAGGAAUCUGGCAGUUUCUGAAAACAGAUAAAAUAUUUUGGAAGUACCUGAUAAUUAUAGAUUCCCUUUUGGGAGCUGUCCAAGGAGUAGCUCUGUUCUCUUAGACAUGUGUAAGUGCUUUGACUACUCAUCUUUUUCUGUUGUCUUACACAAGGGGCUUGGAUCAUUUCAUGACAACCAGCAGAGA